ACAACCCAAAACACACGUGCAAAGACUGAGCCGUACGUUGUGCUGCACAGUGAAAUUAAUCUCAACUUUUUCCUCCGUAAAAUCGUACAUUAACUUAGUAAAAUAGUACCUUCACGAUGGGUGAUGGUGAUUUCAGCUCGGUGACGCUUUCGAGCGCCAAAGCACGCCAGAAGAAACUUUGCACGAUGCGGCUAAACGACCCGGUGAAGAAACCGUACUACAAAGAUACCGACAGUUUCGGCGCCCGUAUGCUCAGCAAGCUCGGCUGGACGGAGGGCAAGGGGCUGGGGCGGGAUGAGAACGGAAUCACCAUUCCCAUCUCGAACCGGGUGAAGCUGGACACGGAAGGGGUUGGUUUCGUCGGCGGUAGGGACGACAUGUGGACGCAGCAUGAGGCAGGCUUUACCGAACUGCUCCGGCGCUUGAACGGUGAUGAGAGUGAACCGGCCGAAGGUGCAGGUGACGCCGUGAUCGACCCCAAAAGCCAGGUGCAAUCGCUCGAGGAGCGGUCGAAGCAAUCGCGCGCCCGUGUGCACUACACCCGGUUCACCCGGGGCAAAGAUUUGAGCAGAGUGAACGAGAAAGAUUUGGCCAACAUUUUUGGCAAACGUUCGCUGACCGAGAGCAGCAGGCCGAGGGAAGAGGAGGAGCAGCCGGCUUCGAGCGGGGGUGAGAGUGCCGAGGAGGAUCGGCCUGUUUUAGGUUUGUCAACGAUUAAGGCAAGCAUGUCGAUGCAGGAUUAUUUCAAGGAGAAAAUGAAACAGAGAGCUGCCGCGGGCGAUGGAGUAGCACCGGUGGAGGCAACGGUUAAGACGAACGGACAGGACGGUGAGGAGGAAAUGGUCACCGAAGAGACGCAUGAUGGUGAGAAGAUUAAAAAGAAGAAGAGUAAGAAAAAAGCAAAGGAAAACGGACAAACGGUGGAACCGAUGGAGGAAGCUGUAGCUGUUGAAGAAGCACCAGCAACUAAAAAAUCCAAAAGGAAAAGAGAGCAAUUGGAGGAGUACGAGCAAGAAGUUUUGGUGAAUGGUGACUCAGUUGAACCGGCAAGCGAACCGUCGGAACCGGUGAAAAAGAAGAAAAAGGCAAAGAAGCACACCUCAGGACAGGAACCCACUGUCGAGUCGGCCUGUGAGGUCGCAGAAGAAGAAACGGGACAGAUGGUAGAUGAAACAGCUGCUGCCGAGGAGCCGGUAAAAAAGAAGAAAAAAUCUAAAAAACAAACCUCUGAACCGGAGCUCAAAGUAGAACCAUCCAGCGAGGUGACAGAAGAAGAAAAGGUAGUUGCGACUGUGGAAAACACUGCUUCUGCCGAUGAGCCGGUGAAAAAGAAGAAAAAAUCCAAGAAGAAUACCUCUGAUCCGGAACCACCAGUCGUUGAGUCAACCGAUGAGGUGGCUGAAUUAGAGCCACCCACAGACACCACUGCCACUGUCGAAGAACCGGUGAAAAAGAAGAAAAAAUCCAAAACGCCCAAAUCAGAAUCCUCUACAGAAGAAGGCGCGGUGGAAAACCCCACACCGGAACCAAACACUGUCGAAGCUGGCGAAGAACCGGCCAACGCCACCGAAACGGGUGCUUCCACAUCCGCGAAGAAGAAGAAAAAGAAGAAAGGCAAACGAGCGGCCAGUCCAGCAGACGGAGAAGCAGCCAACAACGAACCAGCAUCAUCGCUAGCCGUGAACGGCAGUACCACGGAACCAGCAUCAAACGGUAAGGAAAGCGUCGGUCCGAUGGAUGAAAUAACGCUGCAGGUGGCCGCAGCCAACGCACUUUCGGCCGAGUACGCGGGCAAGUCGGAGGAAACGACCUGCAAAGUGAAGGUCGAAGUGCUGAAAUACCUGGACGAGGCGCGUUUCGCUGGCUCUAAUUUUGGCGAUAUUAUCGGUUACAGAUUAACGGAGGACGUGAAGCUCGUCAAGAACGCUGCAUCGAAGGAGGGUGGCGACGGUGGUCCAUCGAGGAAAUUUACCCCACGGCGGAGGUAGUAGCGAGUGGAACGGUUAAAGCGGAAACGCAUCGGUUCGGUUAGCCCACUAAUAGUGUGUGCGCAUGAUUUGUGGACUAGGAACCAAUAAAUAUUUAAUUUUUACGAAAGCGA